AUGAUAUAAUCUAAUAACUAACCUAAUCAGGCUCUUGGUUCAUAGAACAUUCCAGUGAAAGUCAAGAGAGCAGCAGCCAAAUUAUAAAGAUGGUUUAAAGGUAAACAAGAUGUCAAGGCAUAUCAAAAACUCAAAAAGAAUCACAGAUAUAGAAAGAAUGUGAUUGCUGAAAUUUAUAACACGGAAAAACAAUAUUGCAAUGAUAUCAAAAUAUUGAGUGAGAAAGUGUUGGUGUUGGCCUAGUAAUACAUCAAUUAAGAGAAUAUCAAAACUAUAUUUAUGAAUUGCAACCAAAUAUCGUAAUGGAAUUAGGAAUUCCUAAGAGCCUUAGAAUUUAGUUAUCAAGGAUAUAUUGGAAAUGCAAAGGACAUUUAUAAACCAUAUUGGGUUGUUUUCGAAGGAAACACAAAACAGUUGAUGAAUGUGAGUUCUAAAGGAUUCAGAUGCUAUUUCGAUUAUUGUAGUUAAUUCAGCAAAUCUAAUUAACUUGUUGAUAAGUUAAAGCAAAGUGAUUAAAAGUUCAAAUAGUUUUUAACUCUCAUAAGUCCAGAAUUAAGAGGGAUGGAUUUGUCUAGUUUCUUAGUCAAACCAGUCUAAAGAUUGCCUAAAUACAUUUUAUUAUUCAAAGACUUGGAAAAACACACAGAAGACGAUCAUCCAGACAUGAAGAAUAUUAAAUUUUUACAUAAAUACUUUAGGGACAUCAAUGAAGAGAACAAUAAAUCUAUUGAUAUCUAUAUUGGAAGACUGUAAAUUAGUGAAUUGUGUGAUCAAUUUAAAUUAAAUAAAAUGGAUUUACUCUCAGAUCCAUUGAGAAUCUAUAAAUUUGAAGAGAAAUUAAACAUUAUUUAAGCAAAUAAAGAGUUAAUUGUUUAAGUACAUGCUUUAACCGAUCUUUUAAUUGUGAUUCAUGAGAAUAAAUUAUUUAAUUAAGUCAAAUUGGAUUCACUGUCUUUUGUCAAAGAUCAGCCAGACACUAAAUAUUUUAACAAUUUGUUUUAAAUUGUAGGUGUUGGAGAAGUGUUAUAGUGUUUUGCAGAGUCCUUAUCAAUUAAGAAAAAAGCAAUUGAACAAUUUGAAAAGCUCAUUUAAUUUAAUAGAGAAUAAGAAUGCUAAAGGGAAUUGAAGUCAGGAAAAUUGACAUUUAUGAGAUAUCCAGUUUAAGUUGUAAUUGUGGGAACUGAGGAAAGAAAUUUCCAGUCUUUCUAAAAACAUACUUAAUACAUAACCGAGAUCUCCAUAAACAAAGUUUAUUAAAAUAUAUUCGUUAGAUAUAGUGAAGUUGAAGCAAUGUAUUAGAAAUAUUCAAAAAAGUAUCCAAUGAUUGAAUUUCCAAAAUUCCCUAAUUAAAGUUGGCUUACUUAUUAAAAGACAAAAUCAAUUGAAGAACGUAAAUUUGUAAUCGAAGGAUUUUUAUAAACAUUACUCUAAUCUAAAGAAGCCUAAGGGGAUACAUAGAUACUCAAUGAUUUAAAGUUGCCAUUUAAUUUUUUCGAGUUACCUUAAAUAGUAAUUGAACAAUAGAAAUCAAUUUUUAGUAAAUAUAACACUACUUUGGAUGGAUUAGAUGAAUUGAAAAUCUAAGGAGUAUUGGUAGAUAGAUUGAAGAUGAGUGCUGGAGAGAUCUUAAAGGCAGUCUGUAUAGAAAAGGAAAGCAGAAAGAAAAGCAUUGCUCAAGUAUAACCAAACAGAGUUGUAAUUUGGCAAUAAAAAUAUUCAACAGAACCAAAUAUGAAGCGAGUCAUUAUUACUAUGCCUGAUGGAACUAUUACUGAGAUAGGAGUAGAUGAUAAGGCCAGAGUAAGUGAGGUACUUCCAUUUGUCGCUGGAUACAAUCAAUUAAUAUACUAUAAAGAUUUUCGGUUGUAUUUGGUUGAUUAGUUGAAAAAGUAAAGAAUUCUUGAUGAUGAUGAAAUAAUUAGUAAGGCUUACGAUGACGAAUACUAAAAUAACCAUAGAUGGCUCAAUAAAUUAGAAUAAUUAAUAACUGCAUCUAACACAGAGAGUGUUGUCAUUAAGAUGAGGAAAUAUUUGUAUAUGCCACAAGAACUAGAAGAGUUUGAUUACAGAGAAGACCCUACUCGAUUAAUAUAUCUUGGAUUCUCUAUCUUGGAAGAUGUUUAUGAUGGUAAGUAUUACUUAGGAUUCAAAGACUAUUGUCUAUUUGCUGCACUGUAUUAUCAUAUAAAGUAUCAAGACAAAAUUGAAGUUUCUCUCAACAAUCUGUAACUAGACAAAAUCACCAAAGUUAUACCUCAGGAUGUAUAUUCAGGGAAAUCUGAUUCUGAAUGGAAGGAAUUCACAAAGGAAUGCAUAGUUUCAUUGAAUGAAUAAUUAGAUAAAAUUAGUUAAUUAAAUAGAGUUGAGAGACUGUAAAAAAAGGAUAAUUCAUAAUUUAAAUUUACUGACAAAAGAUGUUUGGCUGCUUUGAUCAUCAUCAAUGCUUCAUAAACUUUUACUUAGGGUAGUAUGGCCAUUUUUUAGGUGUAAACCUAUGAAUAAACUUAAACAUAUUUCAAAUAAACAGGAAUGGAGGUACAUGCUACGAUGUAUUUGGGAUUUUCAGCUAAAAAGAUUUACUUUUUAAACCCAUAGAAGAAAAUAAAAUUCAGAGAAUUGGAUUACAGUAAAUUUAAUUGGGUUAUAUCUUAUCCUAGCUAAGUUAUAUUUAAUUUCGAAAAUUUUAAAGAGCCUCUUCGCUUUGAUACAUUCUAAAGUUACGAAAUAAAAUUGCUAGUGGAAUAAUACAAGGACAUUCAUAAGUUUAAUAAAGAAUAUAAUUUAGAGAAUCUCUUUCAUAAUGAUAAAUCAUAAUUUAUUAAAAAUUGA